GGAAUUACUGGCAAGAGAGCUGUAGACUAACUUACCACCGAACCCAUUACUUUUCCAAGAUCAGAAAUAUAUUACACUAACAGGAACCACUCCUCAUUCAGAUAAGAAUUCAAGGUUUUCAUCUACAGUUUUUAUCUACAGUAAUUAGCUGCAUCAUAAUAAGACAGAUAGCUCAGCUGCAUCUAUUUAAGUGCUUUUAAUCUUCCUCUCCCCUCCCUCUCUCCCUCUCCCCCCCCCCCCUUUCCCUUUCCUUCUCCCUCCCUCUCUCUUAUUUAUUUUCUGGGUAGCUUUGACAUUGUAAACCACAGACGAAUUGGAGCCUGGCAUUGAAAAGAGGUGUUCUGCAACUUUUUUUUUCCCCCUUGUCUAAAGAAGUUGACUUCUACAACAGGGGAUCUGAAAAAUGACAGGGGCGAAGAGGAAAAAGAAAAGCAUGUUCUGGAGCAAGAUGCAUUCCCCCCAUUAUGAGGACAUUAAACAGUGGUGCAGAAGGCGGCUACCUAUUUUGGAAUGGGCACCACAUUACAAUCUGAAAGAAAACCUGCUUCCAGACACUGUGUCUGGGAUAAUGUUGGCAGUUCAACAGGUGACACAAGGGUUGGCCUUUGCUAUUCUCUCAUCUGUGCACCCAGUGUUUGGUUUAUAUGGGUCUCUGUUUCCUGCCAUCAUCUAUGCCAUAUUUGGAAUGGGACGACAUGUUGCCACAGGCACCUUUGCCUUGACAUCCUUAAUAUCAGCCAAUGCUGUGGAACGGCUAGUCCCUCAAAGCAGCCAGAACCUCACCACGCAGAGCAACUCCAGUGUACUAGGCUUAUCUGACUUUGAGGUACAAAGGAUUGGAGUUGCUGCAGCUGUUUCCUUCCUGGGAGGUGUGAUUCAGAUUUAUGCAUACGUCUUUGAAAACAUCAAGUCUGUCCGACUGGAAGCACUGCUCUUGUCUUUGCUGAGCAUCGUGGUCCUUGUUCUUGUUAAGGAGCUGAAUGAACAAUUUAAAAGGAAAAUUAAAGUUGUUCUUCCUGUCGAUUUAGUUUUGAUUAUUGCUGCAUCUUUUGCUUGUUAUUGUACCAAUAUGGAAAACACAUAUGGAUUAGAAGUAGUUGGUCGUAUCCCAAAAGGAAUUCCUCCACCUAGAGCUCCCCCAAUGAACAUCCUCUCUGCAGUAAUCACUGAAGCUUUCGGAGUGGCACUCGUAGGCUACGUGGCCUCACUGGCUCUGGCUCAAGGAUCUGCCAAAAAAUUCAAAUAUUCAGUCGAUGACAAUCAGGAAGUUUUGGCUCAUGGCCUCAGCAAUGUGAUUCCUUCAUUUUUCUUCUGCAUACCAAGUGCUGCAGCCAUGGGGAGAACGGCUGGCCUAUAUAGCACAGGGGCAAAGACACAGGUGGCCUGUCUAAUAUCUUGCAUUUUCGUCCUUAUAGUCAUCUAUGCAAUUGGACCUUUGCUGUACUGGCUGCCCAUGUGUGUUCUUGCAAGUAUUAUUGUUGUGGGGCUGAAGGGAAUGCUAAUACAAUUCCGGGACUUAAAAAAAUAUUGGAAUGUGGAUAAGAUCGAUUGGGGUAUAUGGGUCAGUACAUAUGUCUUUACAAUAUGCUUUGCUGCCAAUGUGGGACUGCUGUUUGGUGUCGUCUGUACCAUAGCUAUAGUGAUAGGACGCUUCCCAAGAGCAAAGACUUUAAGUAUAAAAAACAUGAAAGAAAUGGAAUUUAAAGUGAAGACAGAAACAGAUGAUGAAAGCCUGCAGCAGGUGAAAAUUAUCUCAAUAAACAAUCCACUUGUUUUUCUGAAUGUGAAGAAAUUUCAUAUGGAUCUAAUAAACAUAAUGCAAAAGGAAAAUGCCAACAACCAGCCACUUGAUGAUAUCAGUAAGUGUGAACAAAACACGCUGCUGAAUUCUCUAUCCAAUGGCAACUGCAAUGAGGAAACUUCACAGUCAAGCUCUCACGACAAGUCAGCCUUAAUCCUGGAUUGCAGUGGCUUAACCUUUUUUGACUAUUCUGGUGUCUCCAUGCUGGUUGAGGUUUACAUGGACUGUAAGGACCAGAGUGUGGAUGUAUUGUUAGCCAAUUGCACAGCUUCCUUGAUAAAAGCAAUGAAGUACUAUGGAAACUUAGACUCAGAGAAACCAAUUUUUUUUGAAUCAGUAUCUGCUGCAAUAAGUAACAUCUAUUCAAAUAAGAACUUCAACAAACUCGGUGACCACAGUGAGGUCUGAGCCCCAUUUGUUGCAGUAUGGAUCUUGACUCUAGGAACUUCUCUGAAAAAGCCAUGUACUGGCAUUUUGCACAUUUUUAAAAAAAUUUUAUUGUAUCGAUCCUGCAUGUGAUCUCCACUCCAAUAAGUUGAUGUGACUUUGUAACUGCAUUACGUUGGUCAAGAUUUGCCAAAAGUUUUUUUUUUUUUUUCCUAAUCUUUUGUUAGUAAGGAAAUUCACUUAGUUAUUUUAUUAAAAAAUCACUAUGCAUUUAGCUUUAGUUUAUAAAGGAUAAACAUGAUUUUAUUUCAUUUUAUUACAGCAUUUUGUGUUGUUUUACUUCUAUUUUGCUGUAAGCUUAUCUUUAAAACUGAGAAAUUUGGAAUCCUUAGAAGUCAUUUGUAAAAGUUCAGAUCAUCUGUAACUAAUACACAAACCAACUUGGUAAAUAUGCCAUUUUCCUGUACCUUCUAUCCCCCAAAGCCAUUUAAACACCAAUAGGAAUAAAUCUUACUCUGUACAAUAGGAUAUGAAAUUCACAGAAAUAAAGGAAUCAGAAACAGAUGACCAAAAAAUGACAAAUUGAAGUCAUCGAUCUCUAUUUCCUUCAAUGCACUCACUCCUGAAGUAUUCAAGAAUGUUUUAAUAUUUGGAAGAAAACUGGUAUCCAAAUAAAAUCAAGUUCUUGA